CGGUUUUGGCGCAUAAUCGGGAACUUUCCAAUUAAACUUGAACUCUCAUUCUUCAAAUCGAUUUAACGGUCUCAAUGAACGCCCUUAAUAAAAUGACUCGGCCCGCGGCCUCCCUGUUGCUCAAAACAUUUAUUUUCUGUUAUCCUUAAUGCAUCUCUUUACAGCAUAAUAUAAUCAUUUGCAAAGUUUUAAUUACAUUUUCCAUCCAUCUAGUGCAGUCUAAUUAUUGACGUUUUCUGAGAAAGAAUCCGGCCGAAUAUCCUGUAUUUAUUGAUGAGAAAAGUGUCGGGUACACGUCAAUGGUUUUGCUUGAAUAAAAUGGAGGUAACCAUCGAGAAGGCGACUAUCCUGCAAUGCCUGACUGGACACACAAGCGAUGUGACGAGCUGCGAUUUCGGCCCGAAUUUCAUGCUGGUUACUGGUUCAAGCGACAAGACUGUUAGAAUUUGGGAAUGGUCGCCAGGUGCUGGUUUCGUCGAGAAAUCCUUCUCGCCUCUGCGAGGACACAAGUACGGGGUUACUAGCGUAAAGGUGUCUCCGCAGGGUUCGAUGGUGGCAACGGCCUCCAUCGACGGUACAGCAAUCUUAUGGAAUCUGCACUCAGGUAACAAAAUCCAUACGAUGGUGCAGGUGAAUGGAGAUGCCAUCAGGGUAUGCAGAUUUGCUCCAGAUAGCUCGGUCUUGGUUACAGCUGGAGAUAAUGGUGCUAUUUGCAUUUGGGACCUGGUGCACAGGAAUCUAAUACGUACGAUUUUCCAACACGAAGGAACUACGCAGGCUUUGGCUUUCACUCCGGAUUCCCAAUAUCUGGUAAGCGCGUGUUCACUCGAGUGCAUCUACGUCUGGCAUUUGCAUGACCUAGUGGACACUACCGAUGAUGCACCUAAGCAGCCAGUCGCCUCCGUCGACAAUGCUCAUGACAUGGGAUUUCUCAGCAUGGACAUCUCCAGUUUAAUUACAACAACAGAUGAUCCAUUUGUGAAGAGUUACCAGUUAGCAGCAAGCGGCAAUAGCGAGAUAAUUAAAAUGUGGACAAUAACAUCUCUAUCCGUUCCUAAGCAUAAGAUGAUUUCGGGAUGCGUAACCAUCGAGGAAUCGGGAAGUUUGAUUGGUCAUACUUCUGUCGUUACCUGCGUAAAAUUCAACAGCAGCGGUAGAAACCUGGUAUCCUCUAGCCUGGACAAGUUGGUGAAACUUUGGGAUCUAAACGGCGCUUGCAUCUGCACCCUGAAGGGUCACACUAGAUAUGUGAACAGCGUGGCCUUCUCGCGGGACUUCACCCUCGUCGUCUCAGGUUCGAAUGAUAAAUCUGUGAUAAUUUGGGAUCUCAGCGGCGAGCUGAAUUUGAAUUCGGAGAUGGUAAAGGCUCACCAUCAACUGGGUUGUCUCCUGGACGGCGGAGAUCAAGAGAAUCGUAUGGUCAUGAACGCUGAAUCCGAAGAGAACUCGGUGACUCUCAUUGAGAAGCUCGACGACAUCUUCGAAGGGGCUAUCAAUUCGUGCAGUUUCCAUGGAGAUUCCAUGGUGGCUACUGGAUCAAGUGAUAGAUUAGUGAGAAUGUUUAGUGUAACUGAAGAUUUAACGUUGGAGGAGGUUACGAAUUCGCCCAUCGACAGUCACUCGUACGCCGUAAAUCAUGUGGAAUUUAAUAAAGGGGGCGAAAUGCUGGCCACGUGCUCCUUAGAUGGCUGGGUAAACGUUUGGGAUGCUGCGACGGCGGAUCGCAUCCAAUCCGUUCCAGCGAACAAACUAAGCGUACGCGUCUGUAGAUUUUCUCCCGAUUCCAAUUGGAUAAUAACCGCCGGAGAUGAUGAAAUAGCCGUGGUUUGGGAUGUCUCCAGCAUGGAGCAAAUAUGUGUUUUAGAAGGACACUCGGAUGCUAUAACGUGCGCUGCAUUCUCUCCCGAUGGAAAUUUAAUUGUAACCACCUGUAGUAACGCCGAUUUCCGCUUGUGGUUUAUGGACAAUCAAGUCUACAUAGAAGAUGGUGCUCAUGAUUUGGGCAUAUUAAGUUGUGACUUCUCCGAGAAUCUUGAACCUAUUCCUAACGUGGAUCUUCUGGACUCGCAAAACUAUUUACUUGUCACCAGCGGAAACGAUAGUUUAGUUAAAUUGUGGAGUGUAGCUGUCGAGAAAAUUGAUAACAACUUGAAUCACGAUUCCAUCCAAGUUAAAGUUUGGAGGUGUCUUCAAGGGCACGGAGGAUCCGUUUUUUGUGUAAGAUUUUCACCAGUAUCUGGGGAAUUGGUUUGCUCAACAGCUACAGAUAGACAGGCUAGGAUAUGGUCCGUUUACAGUGCAGAUUGUCUUCACGUUCUGGAACACGAUAGUAUUGUGACUAGUUGCGCGUUCAGCAAGAGCUGCACACUCUUAGUAACAGGUUGUUUUGAUAAAACACUGUGGGUGUGGAAACUACCGCAACAAUUGAUAUUUCAAAGCGUUGUGGCCAACAAAGUAAAAUCUAGGGCUAAAAUCCUUCCUGAUUGGAAUAACAAAGAUGUCCUAAGAUGGUUGAAGGAUGUUGGACUAAGUGAAAUUUCGGAAACAAUAACUUUAAGUGCUUUGGAUGGAGAGAAAAUAAUGAGUUUACAGGACGAUGAAAUAUUAGCCAAUCUUGAAUUAACCGAAGAACAGUCUGAGGUUUUUGCCAAAGAAUUGAAUUGGCUAAAAAAAGAUGAACGGCAAUUCAACUCAAGCUAUUGGAGUAAGAUAAACGAGAUUCCUGAGGAAUUUAUAUGUCCAAUAACACAGGAAAUAAUGCGAGAUCCUGUCAAGAUCAGUGAUGGUUUCACGUACGAAAGACGUGCCAUUACAGAAUGGUUCAUGUCAGGAAAAUAUACCAGUCCGAUGACCAAUGGUGUCUUAAGCAAUACAGAUAUUUCGUCGAAUGUAGAGUUGCGUAACGCAAUUCGUACAUUUCUUUAUGACGAAGAGUAAUCCAGUUGUGCGCAUUUCAAAACUACCCCCCAUGCGGUGUACAAUUAUAUUUAAAAAAAAUACACACGUGCAUGGCUUAGUAUAGACACGAUUUAUACUUGGUCUUGACGCCAAAUGUCUAUGCACUUUCUUCAAAGAACAAUCAAAUCUUGCCAAAGUGCCUUUGGUUUAACAAUACACACCAAGUGCAUUUUUAAUAAGCACGUCCACUUGGAGUAAGCAUUUAUCCACGGUGAUUUAUUUUAGCACAUUCAGUUAAACAAGUUCAUAUAUUUUUUAUAUUGAAGCAAUUUUACUUAGUAUUGGGAGUUGAAUGAAUUAAUGAUUUAUA